AUGGACAUGGAGAGAGUAUCAGAGUCAUUCCCUAUCUCCUUAAAGGUAACAGUAGUGUGGGUAGUUGGCGCCUUGUAUGGGGUGCAGAGCAGUGCCUCGUCUACCGUCGAUGACUCCGUGUUGCAGGAGGGCGGCGAGUCGUGGCAGGAGGCUGGUCGCCGCCUCACGCUGUACGGACGCGCCGCCAAGUUCCGGCGACAGAAGAAGGCCGCCAAGACGCUCGGCAUCGUCGUGGGCGGCUUCCUGCUCUGCUGGUUCCCCUUCUUCCUCAUCCUGCCCAUCGACGCGUCGUGCUCGUCGUGCGACCUGUCCGGCGCGCCGUUCACGUUCGCCUUCUGGUUGGGCUACUUCAACAGCUGCAUCAACCCGUUCAUCUACGCGUGCUCGUCGCGCGAGCUGCGGCGCGCCUUCCGCGCCACCCUCUGCUGCGCCUGCCGCGGGAGGCUGGCCGCCGCCGCCGCCGGUGGCGCCACUGGCGCUGGUGGCGCCUCCAGAAACCACGACGAUAAGCUGCGGCGCUCCCCUUGA